AUGAUACCCAAUGCGCCCAUAAUACGACUACCUACGUCGACAAUAACGUACACACUAGCCCUAGUGUUGAGUCUGUUACUCUGCGCUUCUGGAAGUGCUGAUGCGACGGAACUAUUGCAUGACUCCGUAUUCGAUACCGAACUACUGAUCGAACGAAGCGAUGCAUUCGAUCUGAAAUACGAACCUGACUUUGGCGUAUUCGAUCGCAGUAUACUCGGUCGUGCGCCAGCCGAACAACCGCUUCUGACCAACAAUGGCCCGGAUAGUCGACCAGUGAGUCCUGGAGAGACUAUCUGUUACGUCGUGGAUAAAAAGAUAUUAUUCGGCAAUGAUAAGAGGAGCGACGACACUCAUGAAUCGAGGGAUGAUGGAAAGGAGGAGUCUGGUCAUCGAAAUUCCCGCCGAGCAGAAUCAAAGACCGUUUAUAUAUCCGCAAACACCUGCUCGAGACCAACACUGAAUUCUACGGAUAAGGACAACAAUCCUGAAACAGCACCACAACUCAGUCUCUAUACUUCAACAUCGAGCAAAAUCAAGUGCCCUGACUUGUCCAACUAUAACAAGACGAAUCCCGAUCUUCAAAGAGUACCUUUCGAUGAGGGUGCAGCCAUGGUCACUGUUAAUGCAACUGAUGCAAUCUAUAUCAGUGUAGCGGCCCCAAACAUUACAAAAAAGCACAGCGGGGAUUGGAAAUAUCAGAUCGCGAUAUCUUUCGACGAAUAUUACCACAACUAUGACUCCCAGGACGGUACCGCUCGGCUGUUGUUGAUGGAUUUUGAUUCAACAUCGGCACUUCUUGUUACUAGUAAUUUGACCGAGGACUCAAGUGAGACUCAGCAGAUUAUGAAAAGGCCGCCUCCUUACCAAUUAUUUGUUGGUGAUGAAAAAUUAAAGUCUAUUGAUGGCCUGCGACACUCAGCGUGUGGCCUCACCCAGAGCGCUGAAAUUUGGGCGAACGGCAAUAAGACAGGGCGACACAAUGACCUAGUUACCACUGGUGUUACGACACGAGGGCCUGGCCAGCUGCCCAAGCAACAGUUCUUAAUCGCAGGCCUCAACCACAGUACAUCGUACUCUGGCAUCCUUGUCAAGAUGCCAGAAGGUAACAGCAAGCGCGCUGGUCAAACAACAGGCGGUGGAGGUACAGUCUACCGUGCCACCUCAUUUCAGACAUCAUCCAGCUCCAACUGCAAGAUGGUCACAAAUCUCGACUUCUGCAACGAGACACAAUAUGCUGUUCCAGGCAAUGAAAAGAAGUUCAACAACACGGCACUGGCAAAACACUAUGAUGACUACGCCAGAAAGAUGUAUGCCAACUUUGAGAAGGUUCUGAUGCAGAUGCCCUGCGAGACACCCCCCGAGUCACGCUACUCGCUCGCGCGAGAUUGUGAUGACUGUCGCCAGGCCUAUAAGCGCUGGCUCUGCACCGUCACUAUUCCUCGCUGUGAGGAUGUUAUGGGUGGUGGCAGGCACAGUGUUGUCCGCAACGCUUUCCAGGCUCUCCCUAAUGGAACUGAACUACCUGAUAAUUUUCGAAAGGGGCUCACGUUAUCUGCGAAUAACUCUUCACGAAACGCCUGGAUCGACGAAACUGUCAACCCUGGCCCUUACAAGGAGUUAUUGCCUUGCGAGGAUAUCUGCUACGAUGUCGUCCAGUCUUGUCCCUCUGCUAUGAAUCUCAAGUGUCCGCAACCCGGUUUCCCGAGUUUCGAAGCGAGGCGAGGACGAAGACCAGUGCAGCAAAUAUUGUACAUCCAGGUACAUUUAUACUGA